CCAUAGUUAGCCAUGUGGCCACUCAUACUAUUCAACAAACCCAACCUCUCAUAGCUGCUUUCAAAUACAAAACAAUUUCAGAGAAGAAGAAAGGAUGCUAAUUUCCCAUCUUGCCCUCACCACAAUGCUCACUCAACUACUCUUACUACCCAGCCCUUCUUGGUCCCACACUUUGCCCUCCACGUGUACUCCUGCUUCGUCAUGUUUCAUGAGGCACCCGCCAAAUUCCGUUAUUAAUAAAUACCGAACCCCAACCACUCUAAGCAAAUUAUCAGCAGUGACUCAACCUGCUUCUGCUUCUGCUUCCAUUAUUGCAAUGGAGAAAGAGUUUCUGAAUGCAGACAACAUCAGAUCUCUCUUCAUUGAAACUCUACGCAGUCGACGACCUGUUCAAGUUUUAUUAUCAGUUCAACAGGGGAAACCUGUUACCAAUCCAUUAUAUCAGGAUAAUACGCAGCCAGAUACGAGGAGUGAGGCGAUGGAGUCAUGUCCCAAGGUUGAGAUUAAGAAUUUUAAAGAGUUGAUUAAAGAGGAGAAUCUUUAUUUAAUUACGGAGGCAGGAGAUCAAGGGCGUUUACCUGUGCUGAUUGUCAGCUUGCAAGAUGGCAAAGAGAGAAAGCCUGCUGUUGUUUUCUUGCACAGUACAAAUAAGUGCAAAGAGUGGCUUCGUCCUUUGCUUGAGGCCUAUGCUUCGCGGGGAUAUGUAGCUAUUGCAAUUGACUCUCGUUACCAUGGGGAACGCGCCAGUAAUAAAACAACUUAUCGAGAUGCCCUUAUUUCUUCAUGGAAAAAAGGUGAAACUAUGCCAUUCAUAUAUGACACGGCCUGGGACUUGAUAAAACUAGCAGAUUAUCUUACACAGAGGGAAGAUAUUGACCCUGCCAGAAUAGGAAUUACUGGAGAAUCACUGGGAGGAAUGCAUGCAUGGUUUGCUGCUGCUGCUGACACGAGAUAUGCAGUGGUUGUCCCUAUAAUUGGCGUGCAGGGAUUUCGUUGGGCCAUUGACAAUGAUAAGUGGCAAGCUCGAGUUGCCAGUAUAAUGCCUUUAUUUGAAGAAGCUCGAAAAGAUUUAGGCAAGAAAGAAAUUGACAAACAAGUGGUGGAGAAGGUAUGGGAUAGGAUUGCUCCAGGUCUGGCCUCUAGCUUUGAUUCACCAUACACAGUUCCCAUCAUCGCGCCAAGGCCGCUGCUGAUUGUUAACGGUGCAGAGGAUCCCCGUUGCCCACUUGAAGGUCUAAAAGUCCCUAAACUAAGAGCACAGAAGGCUUAUGAAGAUGCCCAUAGUAAAGAUAAGUUCAAGCUAAUAGCGGAACCUGGAAUUGAGCAUAAAAUGACACCAUUGAUGGUGAAAGAAGCAAGUGAUUGGCUGGACAAGUACCUCAAGGAGUGAUGCUGUUUUGUUACUUGUUUGUCUAUUUUACUUCAGAAUUUCAUCUUGUACAAUAUUUGUACUAAAUUCAAGGAGCUCUUCCCUAAUUUGUCCAAUUCCAUUUUAUAAAUAAAUUUCUUCUUGGUAA